GCGGGAUCACGAUUGGCGGCUUCGCCAGUGACCGCAUCGCCAGCUGCAGCUGCAGCUCCGAUUUGAUCUCCAACCUCAGCUACGAAACUCUGCUGCGCUGUUCUUUCUGGAGAAAAGAGAUCCCUCGUCCUUAGUUGCAGCUGUUGCUCGCCUGCGCCAUCGUACCUCUCCGAUUCGUCCAUUGGCCCUGAGUGGCUGCUGAGGAAGCUCGUCCCUUUACUUAGCAAAAAGAGUUGCUUCUGUCUCUCACAUUCACCCACCCUCUUCUGCUAUCGUCUCCCAACCCCGCCAGGCCGCCAGAAUGGCCGAUCUAGAUCAUCGGAUGGCUUCCAUCAAGCCCAGGUUGAAGUACAACACAAUUGGAGGUGUCAAUGGGCCUCUGGUCAUUCUAGACAAUGUCAAAUUCCCCAGAUACAACGAAAUCGUCAGUCUAACACUACCUGAUGGGUCGAGCAGAUCUGGGCAAGUCCUCGAGGCAAGAGGCAACAGAGCCAUUGUGCAAGUGUUCGAAGGCACUUCUGGCAUCGAUGUGAAGAAGACAAAAGUCGAGUUCACGGGUCACAGUCUGAAAAUUGGCGUCUCAGAAGACAUGCUUGGUCGCAUCUUCGAUGGGUCAGGAAGAGCUAUCGACAAAGGCCCAAAGGUGCUGGCAGAGGACUAUCUCGACAUCAACGGGAGUCCCAUCAACCCCUAUUCCAGAGUUUACCCCGAGGAAAUGAUCUCGACAGGAAUCUCCGCCAUCGACUGCAUGAAUUCGGUCGCUCGAGGUCAAAAGAUCCCCAUCUUUUCCGCCGCCGGUCUGCCCCACAACGAAAUCGCCGCCCAGAUUUGUCGGCAAGCUGGUUUGGUCAAGCAACCCACGAAGGGGGUCCACGAUGGCCACGAGGAAAACUUCAGCAUUGUCUUCGCCGCCAUGGGUGUCAACAUGGAGACUUCCCGCUUCUUCACCCGAGAUUUCGAGGAGAAUGGUUCGAUGGAACGAGUCACUCUGUUCUUGAACUUGGCCAACGACCCCACUAUUGAACGUAUCAUCACGCCUCGCCUCGCCCUGACCACCGCAGAAUACUACGCUUAUCAACUGGAAAAGCACGUCCUGGUCAUUCUCACCGAUCUGUCCGCCUAUUGCGAUGCUCUUCGAGAAGUCUCGGCCGCGCGAGAAGAAGUCCCGGGUCGUCGUGGGUACCCUGGUUACAUGUAUACCGAUUUGUCCACCAUCUACGAGCGAGCAGGUCGUGUGGAAGGGAGAAACGGCUCCAUCACGCAAAUUCCCAUCUUGACCAUGCCUAAUGAUGACAUCACUCACCCCAUUCCCGACUUGACAGGUUACAUUACAGAAGGCCAGAUCUUCGUUGACCGUGGAUUGCACAACAAGGGUGUCUACCCUCCAAUCAACGUUCUGCCUUCUCUCUCGCGGCUCAUGAAGUCUGCCAUUGGUGAGGGUUUGACGAGGAAAGAUCAUGGUGACGUGUCAAACCAACUGUACGCCAAGUACGCCAUCGGGCGUGACGCUGCGGCCAUGAAAGCUGUCGUUGGUGAAGAAGCUCUCAGCGCAGAAGACAAGCUUUCGCUGGAAUUCUUGGAGAAAUUUGAGAGACAGUUCAUCGCUCAGAGCCCGUAUGACAAACGGUCUGUGUUUGACAGCUUGGAUCUUGGUUGGAACUUGCUCCGUAUUUUCCCCAAGGAGUUGCUCAAUCGGAUCAAUCCCAAAUUGUUGGAUGAGUUCUACGCAAGAAAGGCACAUGGGAAAAAGAGCACCAAGGACACGAGGGACAGUGAGGGCGGAAAUAAGCAGGUCAAUGGUGAGCCAAAUUUGUUGGACGAUUAGAGGGGGGGGGUCCGGGAGCGAGGGUGGAAGCCGUUGACCAGCGCGAGAACAACUUAUGUUACCGACCAGAUUCAGGGGAAAGGAGGGCGUAUAGCGUGUAACUGCGUGUUGAUCCGCGUCAGACGAGGAGCUUUACGCCACAGUCGCAGUAAUUGUUUUGGGUGAAAGAGACGACGGCCCUGAACGCGAUUAGUUGGAGUCCUGCGCAUACUACCAGUCCAUAUAGAGCAGCUGUAUCGGUAACGAGCGCAAGGUUGGUGAUGGGUCCUCAAGACACUAGACACAUGCUUCUCUGGAGACAUGAAAUGCUAGUCGCGGCUGUUUAUGAGGGGAUUUAUGCAUGCGCAGAAGAUUCCUGUGUGUACGGGGACGAUAUACCCUCAGCCCAGUUUGUACUGUGUCUCUUCUUACAGUGGAUCUAUCCAAUAUCUAUGAAGGUAUGUACGUAGUAUUCCAUAGAGCAGCGGUCAAGGCAGGCCAGUAGAAUUGGGUGAUUAGGGUACAAGUAUUACAAGUUAUCUAGGUAGUUACGUAC